AUGGCUGUUCUAUCUGAACUUCCAGAAGAAUCUUCAUCAUUUUCAUCAACUCAUUGCAAUAGUCCAUCAACUUGUGGUGCUAAUUCAUCAACUCAAGCUCAUAGAUAUGAUGUAUUUCUAAGUUUUAGAGGCCUUGAUACUCGUCAUAGUUUCACUGAUCACCUUCAUAAGGCUCUCAUUGAUGCCAAUAUCACUACCUUCUUGGAUGAUGAAGAGAUUGAAACAGGGGAAGAUCUAAAACCAGAAUUGGAAAAUGCAAUUAAGGCAUCUUGGGCUUCUAUUAUUGUUUUGUCCAAUAAUUACGCUACAUCAACAUGGUGUCUAGAUGAAUUGGUGUUGAUCCUUGAGGAGCGUAUGACAUCCGACCAUAUUGUCAUCCCCAUCUUUUAUCAUGUGGAGUCCACCCAUAUCCGGAAGCAACAAAGUAGAUUUGGAGAUGCAAUGGCUAAGCAUAAACAAAUGAUGGAGGCAGAGACAAAUGCAAAUAAAAGAAGUGAAUUGGCUGAAAAGAUGGAUAGGUGGAAUAAAGCGCUUAUAGAAGUUGCUAGUUUAAAAGGAAACGACGUCAAUGGAAGGUUUGAGACAGAGUUAAUUGAAGAAAUUGUGCAGGACAUCUACCGUAGAUUACAUGUACCCUUAAGAAAUGUUCGGCCACUUCUUAUUGGGAUGAAAUAUCAUAUUAACUUUGUCACUUCAUGGUUGAAAGAUGGAUCCUUACAUACGGCAGACAUACUUACUAUUUCAGGUAUUGGUGGGAUCGGGAAGACAUCUUUAGCCAAAUAUGUCUAUGGGCUAUACUGUCAUGAAUUCCACACAAGCAGCUAUAUUGAAGAUAUCACAAGGAAAUGUGAUGGAAAGUUUAAUGGGUUGCUUGAUUUACAAGAACAACUCUACAAUGACAUUUCAAAAACAAAUUUAAUUAAAGUUCAUGAUGUUUCAAUAUACACCACAAAGAUUGAGAAUGUACUCAUUCAUAAAAGGGUGUUGCUAGUUAUUGAUGAUAUCAAUACUCUUGUUCAGUUGGAUGCAUUACUUGGAAGCAAAGGUUUUCAUCCUGGAAGCAAAAUUAUAAUAACAACAAAGGACAGAUGGUUGAUGGGGAGUUGUGCACUAUUCAAAACAAACAUUAAACCCAAGCAUGUAGAACGCUUCAUUGAAGGCUUACAUGAGACUAAAUCACGACAACUUUUGUGCUUCCAUGCGUUUAUUUGUAAUCAUCCCAAGGAAGGUUAUGAAGAGGUGACAGAUAAGCUUGUGAAGUAUUGUCAACGACAUCCAUUGGCUCUUGAAAUUUUAGGCAAGUCUUUGCAUAAUCGGGAUUUAGCGUACUGGGAAGGGUUCAUGGAAGGACUAAGGAAAGAAAGCAAUUUCCUUAUAAACAGUGUCUUGAGAAUGAGCUUCGACUCCUUGUCAACCAAAAACGAUAAGGACUUGUUUAAGCAUAUUGCUUGUUUUUUUGUUGGAAUAGAUAGAGAUGUUAGUGAAACAAUAUUAGAGGCAUGUGAUAUAAACACAAGAUCUGGAAUCACGAAUCUCAUUCACAGAUGUCUUCUUAGUAUUGGAUCGAAUAAUGAAUUAAAGAUGCAUCAGUUGGUUCAGGAGAUGGGAAGAUUUGAAGUAUGUAAAGAAUCACUUGACAAGCCAUGGAAGCGAAGUCGAUUAUGGUGUCAUAAGGAGUCAUUCAAAGUGUUGAAACAGAAAAAGGGUAAGGAAAAUCUUCAAGGCCUUGCCCUUGACAUGCGCAUACUUGAGAAAGAGAAACUGGGAGCUUCAUUUGAGUUGAAAACAGAUGCAUUGAGUAACAUGGAUAAUCUUAUGCUACUACAACUCAAUUAUGUGCACAUGCAUGGGUCUUAUGAAAACUUUCCAAAGGAAUUAAGAGGAUUAUGUAUGCAUGGCUUUCAUUUAAAGUCUAUACCUUCAGACUUAUCUAUAGAGAAUCUUGUUGCUCUUGACAUGUCGUAUAGCAAUAUUGAAUCAUUUAUAGGUUGUUAUACUAAUCCACAACGACUUGAGAAGAGGCAAAAGUUGGGUGGAUCGUCCUUCAAAGUAAAAAAGAUGUUAGGUUCACUAAAGAUUCUUAAUUUAAGUUUCUGCAAACAACUUCAUAGUGUUGGUGACUUUGACCAAUUGCCUGCGCUCGAGAGGUUAAUACUUAGAAAUUGCAUUAGUUUGCUUGAUGUUUGUGAUUCAAUUAGGCAAUGUGUUAAACUUGUUCUCAUUGAUCUGAGCUACUGCAAGAAGCUUGAAAAACUUCCGCAAAUUAUAGGCAUGUUAAAGAAUGUUAAAAUAGUGUUGCUAGAUUGUUGUAAUCUUGGUGAAUCACAAAUCAAGAAUAUGGAUAUAGAUUCACUGGAAAUGUGCAUAUAUAACAAAAUUGGCGUAAACAGAAGAACCUCUUUCUCUUCCUUUGUGGGUAUUAUACCACAUGAUUCGAAGUCCUUUGCCAUAUCUUUACCAAGGUCUUUAGUAAGGUUAUCACUUGCAAAGAAUAAGUUGUCUAAUGAAUCCUUUCCCAUGGACUUUAGUUGUCUAUCAAUGUUAAAAGAAUUAUAUUUAGAUGGAAAUCCUAUCAAUUCCAUGCCCAGUUGUGUAAGAGCCCUUCCUAGGCUUGAGAUACUUAGUAUGGGGAAGCGUAAAAAGUUGAAGUCAGUCGAGUAUCCUCCACGUACACUAAGGGAGUUGUUUAUUAAUCCUGAUGAUGUUUAUUGUAUACAAAAAGUGGUAUUUGAUCCAGAAAUGUCCCCACUCCGGUUAUCAAUAACAUGGAUAGAUUACACAUAUUUGUUGGAAUCCAAAAUUGGGAGUUACGAAAUCGAAGGUAUUAUCAAAAUCCAGGAAAUGGUGACUGUUGAAGAAAAGGUAUUACAUAGCUUGGGUUGGAGUAAUUUAGACUUACUUAACAAAAAGCAUGUGGGAACUAAUUCUUCAAAAUCUGAAAUCCAGAUGAUUUAUGAAUUUGGAAUAUUCAGCACAAUGUAUGAGGCAGAGGAGAUGCCGAGUUGGUUUAGGCAUAGAAGUGUGGGGCCAUCAAAAUCAUUUGCCAUCCCAUCAUUAUCAUCAUCUUCUCUAAACAACCUUAAAGGACUCCACUUCUGCUACCUCCAGAGAUGACGAAGU